AUGCGUGAAAGGCUCGAGGGCGAGAUCGCCCUAGCGAGCAAUACCAAGGUGUCCAUCAAGGAGGCGGCCAAGGAAUUGGGCCUUAGCUUUAGGGAGCUUUUUAGAACGGCUAAGGCCAUAGGUAUGGUGUGGUCCCCAGACGGGGCGUCGCAAAAGAUCAUGAAGCUGAAGGAACACCAGACGAAGUUUCAGGCCAAGACGGAGCAGGCUCAGAGAGAGCAGUCGGCCCAGCUCGAAGAAAUCAGGAGGGUUGUCGUGGGCAAGGAGCUGGCGGCCGGAAGCGAGGUCGAAGACCCGGGUAGAGGCGGUGACAUUCUCCGGGCUAUCUCCUCCAUCGGCGAGGAGCUGAAGGCGCAGCGGGUGGCAAUCUCCCGGCUCGUGCCCAAAAACCAGUGGGGCAAGUCAAGGGGCGGGACCGGCGCCGGCAGCACAAGACUACGCUGGCGGUCAAGCCGAGGAGACGGCGGAGGGUUCUUGGACGGAUGUCGUUCGCAGAAACAGGCGCGGAGGCCGUGCGGGAAAAGCGACGGCAAUAGCAGGCCCGGCAGCGGCCCCGAGGCGGACAUCCCAGGCGCGACCCGCGGCCGUCGUGGUGAAGGUUAG